UGAUGAGUACGAUAACUUGGCGGCCUUGACAGAGAGUGGCGGGCGGCGGCGGAUGUUCAAGAUGUCUGAUAAGCUGGACAAGUUUAUCGGGCAGCUCAUCAAGGCGCAGAAAUGGGAGGAGCUGCAAGACCUUCUGCUGAACACUGAGGAUGAGUGGGUGCUGGAGGUGUUGGAGCAGCAGGUGUACAAGGUGGAGGGGCCGCAGUGGGUGCAAGGCGUCCUCUCGGCCCUCACCUGCCAGACCCGGGAGAGCACCAACCUCAGGCUCAAGGUGUACCAGGCUGUGUUGCAUGUGGUGAGGGCUGAGGUUGGUGGCAGUGAGCGGAGCACUCGGGAACUGGUGGCCGUGUUGAUGUUCCAUGUGGACACCUUCCCCAGCCACACCCUGGUGACGCUGGUGGACCAGUAUGUGGACCUGGUGACCGAAGGCCAGACACUCCAGGGCAGAUGGGUGGACUUGAUGGCCAAGACUAUCACGAGUGUCAGCCGCAAGGAGGAGGUCACCGUGGAGGGCCACAAGAUGACGGGGGCAGACUACCGGUACAAAGUGCUCAAGACCCUGUGUGACCUCCCCUGGCCGGCCGAGACCGCCAUCAGCCUCCUCUCAGUCAUAAAGGACAUGGACCUGCCCAAGGAGGAGCUGGAGGAUGUGAUGUACAAGGCAGAGCGUGUGCUGAAGAAGGUGGACUUCCAGAGUGUGCCGCCCCUCGUGUACCAACUGUUGCUGGUGGCCCACAGCGACCUGCUUGGCCGCGUGCUUCAGAUGGUAAUCAACUACUUCAACAAACAGGACCUCAAGCUGGGCUCCUCUCAAGCAAAGGAAGACCCCUCAGACAUAAACACUGCAGAUCUGAUUGAUGAGGAAGCCAUUGAGGACAGCAGGAAGACAGACCUGACAGAAGCAAAGGGCACCGUGAUCCUCCACCUGACGCACCAUGCACAGGACAACCCUGAGCUGGUGCGAGACUACCUCAAGCACAUCCGCUUCUCCACCUGGCUCACAGAGAGGCUCAUCACCCCCUUCAAUCUGGCACUUGCCUUCUCCCUCACCUCCAUUGAAAAGUUUCAAGACCAGAUCCUGGAUUCUCUUAAGUCCUGCCUCCUGAAGCUUUUCCGUGAGGAAGAGCACGCCAACAAGUGCCAGUGGCUGCGGGAGGCCUGGGACAGCAACUGUGAUGUGUACAGUGCCUUCAUCACCACCGUGGAGAACUGUGGCUUGGGCUGGGACCAGGUGAGUCAUGGCGUGGUGCAGCUGGCCUUCAUCCUGCUGGAAUCCGGGGGCGGGACAAAGGCGGAGACAUACGCCAGCCAGCGGGCGGUGGAGCUGGCCGGCGUGGUGCUACCCCGCAUCAUCAAGCGCCAGCCUCAGCUCACACAGUCCGUCAUCACACAACUCUGCAAUUUCGUCAUCUCGUCCUCCUCGCCGGGGCAGUACAUCGUGAUCCUGGAGAAGCUGGUCCGCAUGGUGCCCUGGGCCCUGAUAGACCACCAGGACGUGCUGCGUAAGGCCCUGGAGUGCAUGGAGCCCCUCUCGCUGGGCACGGCCACACACCUGCUCCUCUCCCUCAACCAGCUGCUGAGGAUGAGCAUGACCCUCAAGGACGCCCUCAUGAUGAUACUCAAGAAGAUGCUGUUCUCGAGAAAGGUCGAGAGCCGCCAGAUUGCUGUCCGAGGGUUCCUGCAGUUCAUGAAGUUCUUCCGGGUGAUGGGGACGCUGCCCUCCUCCCAGGUGUCCAUGUCCUUCUCCUCGUCCCUCAGCACUGCCACCGUCAGCGCUGAUGUCCACUCGGUGUUCAACAGCUCCACCAACGAGGCGCUGUGUCUGGAGCUGCUGGGUCUGCUGCGGCGAUGCUUCUCUCAGCAACAUGAGGUGAAGGUCACACUGUACCAGGGGCUGUACGACGUGUGUGUCAGCAACUCCCGGGUGCUGGUGAGCGUGAUGGAGAUGCUGCUGCAGCACACACGCACCUUCAUGGACCUGCGGCCGGACGCUCUCAACCCCGUCCAGCUGAAGCGUGUCAUCCAGGUCCAGGGAAACAAUGUGACCCUGGUGGAGCCUCUCGGUGACCUGCUGUCUGUCCUCGCUGCCUGCCAGGCCUACUACGACAACAACAGGGAGCAGGUAGUCGGCGACGAUGACGAUGAUAAUGCAGACACGGUCGUCCAAGAGAUCUGUUCACUCUUUGGCAAACUGACGGAGAAGCUUUCGGGGUGUGACUUGGGGGACAUGGGCAUUAAUACAAAUGGAGAGUUUUCCUCUGGCUCUCCUGCAGGGAAGAAGAACCUGCUGAGUGCCCAGGUGAUGGCGGCAGUGUUUGACAGCCUGCUGGAAUACACCUUCCUCACCAGCAAGCAGUCACGCGAGACAAUCCAGAUGGUUCUCGCUCUCUUCAAGUCACAGCAGAAGAUUGUUGAGUUGGUGACUGAAAAAGCUCAGAAUCCCGGGAAGAAGGGGGAGGGGUCAAAGGGCAAAGGACGGCCAUCAAGCAAGACAGCGGCGGCGCCCUUUAAAAGCAACCUGAACCUGAGGGUGACGGCCACCAUGCUGGCCACCACACUGGCCGAGGAGGGGGGGGGAGAGGAGGGCGGCAAUGACUCCUUCAACAGGGUGCUGGGGAACAACAAUGCCUUCCAGAUGUACUUGUUAAGUGUUGUGGAAGACAACUUGUCUUCCUUCAAGGGGCUGACUCGCCUUGAGAAGAAAAAUCUUUUGUCUCCCUUAAAAACUAUCGCCAAAGUGUUGUUGGAGGAGUGCCUCGGGUGUGUGGGCGGGGAGGACAGCUCCGACACACGGGAGGUGGCCAGGCUGAGGCAGUGUCUCAACAUUGUGGCCACACUUAUAUCUAUUUUUUGUAAGUACUUCAAGCACAAGCUGAAGGCAGUACUUAAGGAUAUACUGGGAAAAACUGACGUGUCUUCUCCCAGUGUGUUGCUACAUAAAAUUGCAAAACGCUGUCAAAAGAUGCUGCACAGGAUCCUGCACCACAAGGACCGCACACCUUUGCUGAAGGACGCAACCACCUUGGUUCAGAUGCUCAGCACCAUCACCCAGGCCAUGGACCACAGCUGCCCUCAGCUGCGUGAGGUGCAAGAGUGGGUGCUAAAUGUAUGCAAGGAACAAAAUUUUGAUAAUACUGCUCUCACCGAUGCUCUCAUGGAGCUCUGCUUUCAUCUGUCAGACCAGGUGAAGGCAAAACACACACUGACGUGGGAACUGGCACGAGAACUUCAUUCAAAGUUGGGUGACUACAAUGAGGAGAAAGAGGUGGAGACCAGCGACAAGUACUCCGUGGUGACGGAGGACUCGGCCCUCACUGUGCUGGCCGUCACACUGAACCACCUGGACUCAGUGCUGGCUGUGGUGGAGCUGGCCAUCAGGAAGAUGAAGGCCAGUCUCAGCACAUCGGUUGAUUAUGACUUGAGCAAGGUGGAGCUGUGUGUGAUCAGUAAAUUAAGUGCCGUGAUCUCUGGCAUGCACGAGAUCAUACAGUCUGCUCUGCCGCCAGGGUCAAUAGUCGACCACACUCUCACAACAGUCACCAAGCUAUACUUUGUACUCUCACUGUAUGUAAAGUAUUACCUUGAGAUGUACCGCCUGCGUGGCAAUGCCCAGCUAUCAGAGAAGUUUGAGAAGCUGGUCAAGAUGUCUGGAGACUUUGUGAGUGUGCCAGUGUACCCUUUCAUCAACUACAUCGAGACCACUCAGCGAGACGCCUCCGCCUUGGGGAAGAACACCAAGAAAGGGACGGCUCUUACUGCCCGCGCCAUGAAGGAGUCCAAGCUGAUCCCUUCCCUCGUCUUCGCGGUUGAACAGUACGAGAAUAACCUCAUCGCUCUCUCUCGGAAGUCCAAUGUCAAUCUGAUGCAUGGAAUGAAGCUCAGCACCACCAGGGACUUCAGAAUCAUGCCAUCCCUUAAAGAGGAGCUGGAUAAGGAGAAUGAAGAGGAGAAAAGUGACGAGGAGGAAGCAAACGCAGAAGCCACACCAAGAAGCGGAGAGAGAGCCAAAAACGGCCACACAUCAGGAGAAGAGAGCGGGGAUGACGAUGUGCCCACGAGCCCCCCAUCAACUUCACCGCCAGUUACUCUCUCGUCGUCAACCAAAACCAGCGUGAGGAGUCAGAGCACAAAUGGGGUCAAGAGGAAAAAGGCUGCUGCUGAGAACGGUGUCGGUGGUCGGUCCCAAAACAAACCCUCGCAGCAGCCGGCUAAAAAGAGCAAGAAGAAAUAGGAAGGUUUUACAUGCUGGGAGAAGGUUAUCCAGUCUCCUUUCCUUGAAGUACAAACGUCCGCGUAAUGACCUGAUGAGUUUACAGCGCACAAGGUUUUGAUAGUAGUGUUGACCUCCCUAAUUUUCGACCGUUCAGCAAGAGGAUAUGAUUUGUUGAAAAGGAGUUUUUUUUAUAUAUAUAUGUACAUCAGAUAUUGCAUGUGCUGUUUAGCUUAAUUUGUCUUGGAGUAGCUGUUUCCUUUUUUUUUCCCCUCCUCUCUCAUUGUUCUGUUUGUCUUGAGGUAGAUUUUUCCUUUAUUUUUCCUUCUUCUCAUUGCUCUAGGUUAAUAUUCGCUUUGGGGUAUUUGUUUCCUCUUUUUCCCCUUCCUAUCUCAUUUUCUAUCGUAAUAUUUGUUUUGAGGUAGAUUUUUCCUUUAUUUUUCCUUCUUCUCAUUGCUCUAGGUUAAUAUUCGUUUUGGAGUAUUUGUUUCCUCUUUUUCCCCUUCCUAUCUCAUUUUCUAUCGUAAUAUUUGUUUUGAGGUAGAUUUUUCCUUUAUUUUCUUUCCCCUCUCAUUGCUCUAGCUAUAUUUGUUUUGAGGUAGAUUUUUCCUUUAUUUUCUUUCCCCUCUCAUUGCUCUAGCUAUAUUUGUUUUGAGGUAGAUUUUUCCUUUAUUUUCUUUCCCCUCUCAUUGUUCUAGCUUAAUAUUUGUCUUGAGGUAGAUUUUUCCUUUAUUUUCUUUCCCCUCUCAUUGCUCUAGCUAUAUUUGUUUUGAGGUAGAUUUUUCCUUUAUUUUCUUUCCCCUCUCAUUGCUCUAGCUAUAUUUGUUUUGAGGUAGAUUUUUCCUUUAUUUUCUUUCCCCUCUCAUUGCUCUAGCUAUAUUUGUUUUGAGGUAGAUUUUUCCUUUAUUUUCUUUCCCCUCUCAUUGCUCUAGCUUAAUAUUUGUUUUGAGGUAGAUCUUUCUGGGGGUUUUCUUCUCUUUUUCCUCUUAUUGCUUUAUUUGAGGAACUUAAAAGACAAGGAUUACCGGUAUAGUUCACAAAAGUAUACGUAUGCCUCUUGAUGAGUCACAAAUAAUUGAUGGGUGCAGGUCUGUUCAGCACUACACCCAUAAUCCUUCUCUUCCAUGGCCUUCCCUCCCUUCUACCUCCUCCUCUUCCUCAUAUUUACAUACACUAUAAAAGCUCAACUAACAGUGCUUGUAUAUCUGUCUUCUGUGCCUUGUCACCUUUUUACCUAGGCUUAGUUAGGGUCACUGUUUGGGGUUUAAGACCAGAAGCCUUUCCUGACAUCACCCGCCUCCACUGGGGUUUGAACUUCCUUGUCCUGGCUCUUCACUUCCUCGGCUUGACGCUCUGACCCAGCAGACCUCCAUGCUGCUUGUACAAGUUUGAGCCGUUUCUCAGUGCCUUGUGUUCUGCUCCAGGGAAGAAGCUGGCCGGGUGAAGCAUCCUCUCCCUCACCCUGAAAACUCUCCUCCUCCCUGCCUCCUCACCUCCUCCACAUGGUGACUGCUCCCCCACCCUGCCUGGCUUUCCUUGGUCAGUUCUUUGUUUUUUUUCCCUGUGAUAAUUCCAUAGCAAUUUUAUAUCAUAGAAUUAUAUUUGUCAUUUUUGCCAUCAUAUCUUUAUAAUCAUAUUUAGAGUUUGUAGUUAGGUCACCUGAAUAAGUAGAGGAUAUUGAAAAUCUUAUAUUUGAUUGUUUAGUUUUGUUCCAAGUACUAAUGAGUUCCAUGGAAGAAUUGAUGCUUUGGAAAACAAUCAACCGGACUAUUAUUAUUAUUAUUACUAAUACUUAAGUUAUAUUCUCUAAGUCUUGUAAAGGGAAAUGAUACUUAAUUUCAUUUGCAUAAUAUUCCUGAGGUAAUGUUGAGUGUAGACCGAGAUCUGUUUGUUGUUUGUGUGGCUCCUGUCAGUGUGCUGCGUCACCAAAGAGUGUUCAAAUAUGAUACAGUCUUGGCAGGAGCACCUUGAAGGGCUGAACACUGAGCAGUCUGAGUGUAGUCCUUGGCCUCCUCCCUCUGGCUAAUUGCUCCAGCCACUUGACCAGUCUCAAAACAUCAAAUACAGACGUUCUACCUUCACGAGCUUUAUUCAUAGCUCAUCCGACCCUUACCAAACACACUGCAUGGCCGAAGAUUUUUGUGUUGAAAUCAAACUGGUGCUCAAAUUUUGUAAAUCAUUAUUUGCUCGAAUUUACAUUAGUGUCUUAGCUUAUGCAAGUCAUGAUGCAGCGAUACUGUUCAUAACCACAGUUGCCAGAUUAUCGUACUCAGAGCCAGGUAUUUACUGGUUUCAGGCCCAUAACUGUUGCCAAGAAACACCAAUAAUUAACCAUAUAAACGAUAACCAUAU